GCAGCCGCAAUUUCAGCAGCCCGACGCACACCCCGCGACGGGCGACGGCGCAUCGACCUCCUCGCCUCCCUUCCCCCGACCUCCCGUCGGCCUCCGUCUCUCUUCCCACCUCACCGCCUCCUUCCCCCGGCCGUUCCCUCUUCUCCGUUUCCUAGGCCGCAGCCGCCUCGCCGCAUCCCACCCCGCCUCCUCUCUUGUUUCCUCCCACAAGCACGACAGCACAGCGGACACCUUGGAUCCCAUCCUCGGCCGGCGUGCUGCUUCGUGAAGGCGGUCACCUCCGGGCACUCGAGCUUGUCGAGCGGCGGGCGGAGCUCGAGCCUGUCUGUAGGCUCGACCGGAUCUUAGGCUCGGCUCGAACUUAUAUCGAGCUCGAGCUUGAGGUGUCAGGCUCCCUUGAGCUCGGCUCGUUUACAGCCCACCGAGGCCCAACACACACAAGUCCGCCCACCCGACUCCCCUCCCCGCCGCCGUCCACUCCCUCGCACCCAGCAAGCGUCGGCGGCGAGCUCGCGCCGAUGAACACCGCGCGGUUCGUAUCCCCCUCCCCGUUCCGCCUGUCCACCGCACCGGACUCCCCUGCCCCCACAUCCUUGGGGAGGUCUAGCGGUCGGGUCGUCGCCUUCCCCGCUCGGCCGCACGGUUUCUCGCUUCGUCUGAGGUCGCCUGCUAUGGCCGCCUCCGGCGUCGGCGGCAACGGCUCCCCAACCGCUCCCGGAAACUCUGCAGGGCCAUCUAGGAUUGGAGAGGUAAAGAGGGUGACCAAGGAGACAAAUGUGCAUGUGAAGAUAAACCUUGAUGGCACUGGUGUUGCCGACUGCAGCACAGGGAUACCGUUCUUGGAUCACAUGCUCGAUCAACUGGCAUCCCAUGGACUAUUUGAUGUCUACGUUAAGGCAACAGGAGACACACACAUUGAUGAUCAUCACUCAAAUGAGGACAUUGCUUUGGCAAUUGGAACGGCACUGCUUCAAGCACUAGGUGAUCGAAAAGGAAUUAACCGAUUUGGGCAUUUUACAGCACCACUUGAUGAGGCAGCAGUUGAAGUUAUACUGGAUCUAUCUGGUCGUCCUCAUUUAAGCUGUGGCUUAGAUAUUCCUACUGCACGAGUUGGCUCAUAUGAUACACAGUUAGUUGAGCACUUUUUCCAAUCUCUUGUGAAUACAUCUGGGAUGACGCUUCACAUCCGUCAGCUUGCUGGGAAAAACUUGCACCAUAUUAUUGAGGCGUCUUUCAAAGCAUUUGCUAGGGCCCUUAGACAAGCUACAGAAUACGACUUGAGGCGACGUGGCACUGUCCCCAGCUCAAAAGGUGUUCUGUCGAGGUCGUAGCGUUACAAGUUUGAAAAUGGGUGCAUGCUGCUGUUCAAGGAUCCGAGGACGCAAAUGGACGGCCAGCUACAGCUUCUUAGUUUGUGCUACUUACGCUGGGAGCCUAAUGUAGUUCGGACAACAAAGCAUGGAAUCCUUGCUAAAUUUAAAUGCCAGUCAGGUAAUUUACGCUGGGAGCCUAAUAGUAUGUUAGAACAGUGGCUGGGAGCCUAAUAGUAUGCCAGUCAGGUAAUGUACCUGCUCGCUAUUGCAAUUUUGGCUGUUCUCCGGAGCUUGAAACAUCUGAAGAUUGAAAGGGUUAUACAGCCUGUGGCCUCAACCCAAGUAUGCCGAUGAUUGUAUAAACAUGCAUAUGGACCCAGAAUUGGUCCGAUGUGCUGCAUCAUUUAUACUUGGCCAUUCAAGGCAAUAAAAUAAUUUGCGUGCUUCCA